CGACACACCAGAAAACACACGGCCGAAGAAAUGGUCUUCAAAAUUGAAGUUGAACACGUCAGGAAGUUCAAAAUCGUCGGAGAAGUCACCGGAGAGUCCAUACAUGUAUGGAACUAUCAGUGGACCAGGAGGUUCAGCGCUAUCAAAAUCAAUGAAGUAUGCUGAAACUUGGCUUUACGGGUCCGUCAGGACUCAAACCCCACCAAUGAGACCUAGCGUCUUCUCCGCUUAUCCCGAAGUACCUGGUCCCGUUCUCAUCAGCACGCCUCAAAAACCCACACCACACAACUACGCUGUUAUACUAUGUUCCUGUCCCGAGUAUCUGAACGGUACAAAGAAAACCAGCUCAACCAAAGUCAGUAUUUGUAAGAAAUGUAAGGGAUCUCGUUUGCCAUUAACUAUAACAGAAAGUCCACGACUACUCGUGGGAGGUACGGUAAGAGGUCCACAGUUAAGUCGAGAUACUGGUUUGCUCAGAGCUGGGACCGUUCGUGUGCAAGGGACAAAAUCAAGACCUACAAUCCUUAAGCCCAAUGGCGACUCAGAUCCAUAUGAUCUGAUGCGACGCAGUCGAUUAGCGCCUCCUCACGAAACUCGCAUAGGAAGUCAGUUCUCGGCUACGAGGUCUCGUGCUAAGAGCAUUAGUCCUUGCAGGAUUAAAACUAAAAAGCCAAGCCCAGAAACUCUUAGAAAAAGUAGGAGUAAAUCGACGAGUCGAGUUAAUGAAAUAUGGGUUGAGGAGGAAGCCAGCACAAAUGACUCCAAAAAAUCAAUUUUGUCGUGCGAUAUCAAUCCAUAUGAUUUGGUUAAAUCAAAUGGAAAUUCGAAAUCUCUUGCGGAGAUUGAGUUUGAUGAUGCAUUUGGUGACGUAUUUCAAGAAUCUAUAAAAAAUAAUAAUUUAGGGACCCUAAGUAAGUCGAAAUCGGAUUCUAAUGUCAAAGCUAUUGGCGGACAACGUAUAAGAGUUUCUGAUGAAUCCAGAUCGCGCACUAUAGAAAGCACAUCAGUCUAUGAUUCUGUUAAUAAUAAUGAUCUCAAAAACUAUGAUUUGAAAACACACGAAAUAUCACCUUCAGUAUCGUUACCGGAUAUUAAAACCGAGAGCAAAAAGUCGUCUCUGAGUAAAAGUUCAAGUAAGAAAAUUUUAAAUAUAUCCAGUUCAAAUCGUACAAAACAAAAAAGCGUUUCUCCGAAAAGACCACCGAGACGAUUAAGAAAUAUAAAUAAAAUCGACGAUGACAGUGAAAGUGACAAUCAACGCUUACCAGAAAGAGGUUUCAGAAAGAAUGUUGAUUUCUCGCGUAAUUCUAAAAGCAAGAAUCACAAUACCGAUACUAUUAAAUCUAUAUUGAAAAACCUAGAAAUUAUGAUUUAAAUGAUUCAUCAACGAGAGUAGAAACAUCUGACGAUUCUUUCGAUAACAAACGUGCAAAUUCUUCUUUAUUUUAUUUACCUAAACCUAAAGAUAAAGGGUCGAUCUCAUCUCACAAUAUAUUACAAAGAAAACGUGUACAAUUCUUGGUGGAAAA